AUGAUACACCCGUCUCGGCAAGCAUAUGUCGAGGAGGCAGAGGACACGGAUAUGGGAAUCGACCUCGCAAACAUUCCCACUGACCAAGACUAUGAUAUUCCUGCUACUGGUGCGGGCAUUCCCGCCGAGAGGGCGUCCGCCAUUUAUUCCCAAUUCGAGCGCAAACGAAGAGCGGCCGCGAUGGCUGUACCGACAGACGACACCCGGGUGCGCGCACGGUUACGAGAACUCGGGGAGCCCAUUACACUGUUCGGCGAGGGACCAGCGGACCGAAGAGACAGAUUACGCGAACUCUUGACCGACUUGCAAGAAAAACAAGGCGGCGAGGCCGAUGUUGAUAUGGAAGAAGCCGAGGAGGAAGGAGAGCAACAAGAAGAAUUUUAUACAGAGGGUACGAAUGAGUUACUGGAGGCCCGCAAAGCCAUUGCCCGGUUUUCCUUACCGAAAGCAAAGGCCCGUGUUGCACGGCUCAAGGAUGAAUCGACCAUUCCACUCCGAACCCACGUGAAGUACCGCAAAGAGGUCAAAGAACAAUUAAAAGCGUUUGAUCUGUAUGGGUCUCAGAUCGCAGGUGACCGACCUAUCAGUAUCUGUCGUUUUGCGCCAGAUGGCCAGACCGUUGCGGCCGGAAACUGGAGCGGAGGAAUCAAGCUGCUCACAGUCCCCAACCUGGAGGAGAAGGCAAAUCUCAAGGGACACACAGACCGAAUUGGUGGUCUUUCAUGGUAUCCCGGUGCUACUCUACCCGAAUCCAAUGUCUCACCGUCUUCAGUAAAUUUGAUGUCCGGAGGAGGAGAAGGUGACAUUCACUUGUGGGCACUCGAUCAAGAAAAACCCGUGGCAACAUUGUCCGGUCAUUCUGGCCGCGUUUGCCGAACAGAAUUCCACCCAUCAGGGCGCUAUGCAGCGUCAGCCUCAUUUGAUACCACUUGGCGCUUAUGGGAUGUGGAAACAACGACCGAGCUUCUGUUGCAAGAAGGUCAUUCCCGAGAGGUCUAUGCUGUAUCCUUUAACAGUGAUGGUUCUCUCCUGGCUAGCGGUGGAUUGGACAGUAUUGGCCGCAUUUGGGAUGUCCGAGUAGGCCAGACCGUCAUGAUACUUGAAGGUCACAUCCGUGAGAUCUAUGGAAUGGACUGGGGUGUGGAUGGUUAUCGGGUACUCUCGGGAUCUGCAGAUGGAUGGGUCAAAUGCUGGGAUCUGCGGCAAGUGCGCAGCACAGGCGGAAUUGGUGCACACAAGAGUGUUGUAUCCGAUCUCCGAUGGUAUAAGGGAAAUGAACCAACUUCUCACUUGAAUGGUGACAUGGAAGUCGACGGAGCUUCACCAAAAACAGGCGAGACCACUAGUACAAUUGAGCCUAAAAAGGCUGGCACAUUCUUUGUGUCCAGUGGAUUCGACAAGAAUGUGAAUGUCUUCAGCGCUGAUGACUGGUCACUGGUCAAGACACUGAGUGGACAUGCAGGCAACGUUCUCAGCACAGAUAUCAGUAGCGAUGCUAAAUGGAUUGCUAGCUGUGGUCACGACCGUACAGUGAAGCUCUGGGGUACCGAAUAA